AUGGCCUACACACGCGGAACAGAACUCGACCCCCUGGUCGACCACUUUCGACAUUUGUCUACGAAAUCUCGCGCAAAUGAAGCCCUACACAUCCUUCAGAAGACCGCCUCUAUAGUAAAACCCAUCAUGCGGAUCCGCAACUGGCGUGUCGGGAUGCUAUGCGAAUUCAUCCCCGACGACCCCUAUCUGCUGGGUCUGAACGAGAACCGCGGCGAAAAGAUCUACCUCCGCUUGCGCUACCCGGGAGAUGAGACGCAAUUUCUGCCGUUCGAGAACGUUGUCGAUACCAUGUUGCAUGAGUUAUGUCACAUUGUCCACGGACCGCAUGAUCAGGCCUUCAAUGCCCUGUGGGACAAACUUCGCGACGAGCACGAAACGCUUCUCCGCAAGGGCUAUACUGGCGAAGGGUUUCUCGGCAAGGGAAACCGGCUUGGUGGUCGGGGCAUACCCAGGCCUGAGCUCCAACGACAAGCUCGUGCGGCGGCGGAGAGACGUCGGCAGGUAUCCGUCCUCUCGCAAGGCAGCGGAGGGAAAGUCGGCGGGCAGGGGAUCUUGCGAGGUCAGAAUGUUCGGGAGAUCAUCGCCGCUGCCGCCGAGAAACGCAACCGCAUCAGCCGCGGUUGUGCCAGUGCCACGCCCGACAUGGGCAGGAAGAUCAUGCAGGAAGAGGCUGUCAAAAAGGAGAAAGUCACCACCACCAAGGCCGAGCAAGCGGAUGAAGACGAGGCGGCGUUGAUGCAGGCAUACAUCGACAUGAUUCAAGAAGAAGAGGCGCAGAUGGUUGGGCCAGGAUACGUCCCUCCCAGUCAACAAAAUCCCACCGGUGGUAUCCAGAAGGGCAACAGCAUCUUCCCACCCGUGGACACGAGAUCUCUACGUGAACAACAACUCCAGAUCGAGCGGCAACUACAGCAACAGCAGGCACAGACGGGCGGUAAAGAGUAUGAACCCGAGACAAAACCGAAAGCGACAAAACCGAAAGCGACAAAACCGAACACACCACCCCUCAACCACCCACCACCACUGUUGCCACAAGACGAAGAAACCUGGACCUGCGAAGUCUGCACCCUCAUCAACCCGAUCAACUACCUGCUCUGCGGAGCCUGCGAAACCGAGCGACCGGCAAUCUACUCGCAGCCUGCCAAUCCCACCUUUCCCUCCAACAGCAGCUCCUCGAGGUCAAACUCCCGACCCAAACCUUCUCAAGCCAACACAUCCCUGCCUCGCUCCCGCGCAUACAAUGCUGCUCAUCCUACCCAUCCUUCCACCUCCGCGCUUGGCGGUCCCCGCCUUGGCGCGGCCGAUAACAUCGCGCGCUUCGAAGCCGCCGCCAAGGAAAAAGCCCAGACAAAACCCCUGGGAUGGACCUGUGGACAGUGCGGGACGUGGAUGGAAGAUCAGUGGUGGACCUGUAGUGUGUGCGGCCGGAUGAAGGACACUUCAUGA